AUGACCCUGGAAGAUUUCGAGAAGUCGCUGGCGGAGGACCAGGAUCGGCGGGAGAAGGACAAGGACCGUCAUCGUCACCGCGACCGCAGCCGUGAGCGUUCACGGAACUCUCACCAUCACCGUUCUAGCCAUCAUCGGCGCCAUUCGUCCAGAUCCCGCGAGCGAAGAAGUGAUCGCGAUCGUGAGCCCCGUCAUCGCGACGACGAUGGCCAUCGUUCUAAGCGUUCACGUCACUCGACCGACCACGGAGACGAUCGCGACCAUGAGCGCAAGCGUCAACACCGACAUGCAAGCAAAGACGACGCCGAAUCCGCACCGAAAGUGACCGAGCAGGAGCCGCCGACUCAGUUGAAGCGAGACUCUUGGAUGGAAGCUCCGAAUUCUCUUGAUAUUGACUAUGUCCACCGACCGGAUCCUAAGCGCGAGCAGGAAGCCACGAAGCCGAAGAUGCUGUCAGCUGAUUACGAGCUUAAGAUUCACGAUAAGGAGCUCAAUGAGCAUCUCCGUGAUCUAAAGGAAGGAAAGGCACUCGAGGAAAUUGAAGAAGAGCCGGCGCAGCAUGAGGUGGAUUACACAUUUGGAGAUUCGGGGUCGCAGUGGAGAAUGACCAAGCUCAAGGGUGUCUACAGAGAGGCCGAAGAAAGCGGCAGAUCUGUGGAGGAUGUCGCCAUUGCUCGCUUUGGAGACCUGCGCUCGUUCGAUGAUGCCCGUGAGGAAGAAACCGAACUGGAUCGUCGCAAGAUGUACGGCGAUUCCUACGUGGGCAAGGAGAAACCGAGCGGAGAAUUGUACCAAGAAAGAAAGCUUCAGCACAAUGUCCGCAGGGAUCCUCAUGAACAUAUUCGUGACCCAGCCGAAGAACUCAAGGCAGAAGGGCAGGGCAAGAGGAUGGAAGCUGAGCCUCCUUCAAACACCACACAACCUCUGAACUUGACGUCAUUGAAUCGCCUCAAAGCUCAAAUGAUGAAGGCAAAGCUGAAAAAGGCCCCCGAUGCGGCUGAGCUCGAAGAGCAAUACAAUGCUGCCGCCGCUACCUUGGCGAAUCGCAAGGAAUCUGAUGUCGUGGUACUCGGUGUCAAAGAUAAUCGUAUGCUUGCUGGAUCAAGAAACGAGGUCAAGGCAGUGGACACAAAGAGAGGCCGUGAAAGAGGUCUAGUCCAAGAAAACGAUGACAUGACCAUCGAGGACAUGGUUCGUGAGGAACGCAAGACUCGAGGUCAGAUGGGCGGCGAAGGAAAGCGGUUGGCCGAACGUAUUACGCGUGAUGGCAAGUUCGAGAACGACUUGGAGUACAUGGACGACAAUGCUUCCAAGCUGGCCAAGCGAGUGCAUCGAUCCGAAAUCGACAUCAAGAGUGCAACAGUCAACGAGUUCCGCAAGAUGAACCGAAUCCUGGAUAAUUGCGCACUCUGUCAUCACGAGGACACUAAUACGCCUCCGAUUGCUCCUGUUGUGUCCCUUGCGACCCGGGUGUUCAUGACGCUUCCCACCGAGCCUGAAAUUAGCGAUGGAGCUGCUACUAUUGUGCCCAUCCAGCAUCGAAACAAUCUCUUGGAAUGUGACGAUGACGAAUGGGAAGAGAUCCGCAAUUUCAUGAAGAGUCUGACCCGCAUGUACCACGACCAAGGCCGGGAUGUGAUUUUCUACGAGAACGCAGCGCAUCCUCAGCGGAAGCGGCACGCAUCCAUGGAAGCAGUCCCUCUGCCCUAUAGCCUUGGAGAGACAUCGCCCGCAUUUUUCAAGGAGGCAAUUUUGAGUGCCGAGUCUGAAUGGUCACAACACCGCAAGCUCAUCGACACUCUGGCCAAAGCGAAGCAGGGACUGGGAAGAUCCGCAUUCCGUCGCACACUCGUGAAGGAGAUGCCUUACUUCCACGUCUGGUUUGAACUUGAUGGUGGUCUGGGACAUAUUGUGGAGGAUGAGAACCGCUGGCCCAAGGGAGAUCUGUUUGCACGAGAAGUCAUUGGAGGCAUGCUCGAUGCGGCUCCGGAUGUUAUCAAGCGGCAAGGCCGCUGGAACCGGGGUAGUGAUCGCCGGGUGGAACCAUUCAGGAAACGCUGGAAGAAGUUUGAUUGGACUCGUAUUUUGGUUGAAGAAUAG